AGGUACCAAUAUGGCGGAGGCUUCCCUGGGGAGUUCGAGCCCUGUUGGCUCUCUGUCGUCAGAAGAUCAUGACUUUGACCCAACGGCAGAGAUGCUAGUUCAUGAGUAUGACGAUGAAAGGACGUUAGAAGAAGAGGAGUCGCUGGAAGGAGAAAAGAACUUCAGCACUGAGUUAGCAGAUCUGGAGAAGGAAAGAAAUAUGCCCCUGGAGGAACUGUUGGCCAUCUAUCGGUAUGAGGCAUCGGUCAGUACAGCUGCAGGGUCAAGUUUGGACAGCUCUUCCGGUGAACUGGCUGAUGACCUGCCUGAUAUGACCCUGGAUAAGGAAGAAAUAGCCAAAGAUUUGCUGUCAGGUGACUAUGAGGAAGAGACACAGUCGUCAGCUGAUGAUCUAACCCCUUCUGUGACCUCCCAUGAAGCCACUGACUUCUUCCCAAGAACCCUCAGAUCCAACGCCACCUAUGAUGGUGAUAAAGAGUCUGAAGGCGAAGAGGACGGCCUCAGUCCAGAGGACUCAAGGAAGGAAAUUAUGGUUGGAUCGCAAUAUCAAGCGGAGGUUCCCACAGGCCUCAGCUUCUACUCAGACAAUGAGGAAGUGUUUGAGGAGGAGGAUCAGUUGCUCUGGAGUCCUGAUGUGUUGUCUGAGAGGAAGGUGGAAGAAUUCCUCAGAGAGGCUCUGUCUCAAUCUGCAGAGGGCGGAACGGAAAACUCUACAUGUGGGGGACACAUACGGGACAAUGAACAGGCUUUGUAUGAGCUUGUAAAAUGUAACUACAACACUGAUGAAGCACUGACCCUUUACUGCAGUAAUCUUAAGUCCUCAAAAGAAGAAUCACCACCAUGGUCUGAAGAAGAGUGUAGAAAUUUUGAACAUGCACUGCAGAUUUAUGAAAAGAACUUCCAUCUAAUUCAGAAAAACAAGGUUCCAACAAGGACAGUCGCAGAGUGUGUAGCCUUCUACUACAUGUGGAAAAAGUCUGAACGUUUUGACUACUUUGUUCAGCAGAAUCGGUUUGGGAAAAAGAAAUACAGUAUUUACCCUGGUGUGACAGACCUGAUGGACCGGCUGGUGGAUGAGGCUGAGGGUCUGGCAGUGGACAGCUCUUCAUCUGUGUGUUCAGGUGGAGCGGGAGGGAGGAUGGAGGUGUCUGCAGAACAGCAACUUGGCCUCCUUAACACCAUCACUGCAAGUGACCUGACAGCUCUGAGCAACAGUGUGGCGUCUGUCUGCAGUCCAGCAGAUAUGAGCUGUUUAGACUCCUCCUACUUCCCCCCUCUGGAGAGUUUACACCGGGGAGCGCUGGGCCAUGAUGACGCACUGGGCUACCCUGCAGGUGGUGAUUCCGGUUGCCUCAGCGUAUUGGACUCGGCCUACUACCGCUCUGACCUGGGCCAGCUGGGAGUGUGCAGCAGCAAGGACUGCGAGCGCCCCUCCAAACGCCUCAAGAUGGGCCUUUCUGAGUCCUUCAUCAACGAUGUGGCUGUUACCAACCUGGGCGUGGACUUUGAGGGCAGACGCACGCAUCGCAUCACAGGAGCCAAAAUGGCCGUGUCGGUCACAGACUUCGGCAGCAUAGCUAGUGGAGAAGCGAACGGUUUCAUCAGCUCCCACUCGCGCCACCACCAACACACCGCACUGCAGUCUGACUGACCCCAACACACACACACCCCUCCUCCCAGCCUGUACAGAUAUUCCCACUGACUGAACCUUAGUUUGUUUUCUAAUUAUGUAUAAAUAUACUUUUUUUUUUUUCUUUUAGUUUUUGUUUUGUUUUGUUUUUUUGUUUUUGUUUUCUUUUGGUAAUAUGACAUCAGUGAUGUCUUUAUUGUACAGAGCUAAGAAAUCUUGAUUUCUCAAGAGUUUAAAUAGCCAUUUAUUUUUCUGGUCCUUUAGAUAUUUAAUAUCCUUAUCAGCGUCAAUCUACAGUUAAACCUAAAUGCUGGAGUAGAGAGCUGUGGUAUUUUCUCUCUUACUGUACUCAUCCCUAUAACAGCACCCUUUAGAUUUACUGUCCUACAAAAACUGUUGUUGCCAGAAACUGCAUCAGCUUUUUCUUUUUUCUUUUCUUUUUUUGUAUCUUUUAAUGUUUGUAAGGUUUUUUUUUAAAAUUGGUACUAUUUUCAUUGUUUACAUAAACCGAGAGACACCGGGCCUUGGCAAAUGUAGCAUUUUGUAUAUCAGGAAACUUUUUUGUCUUUUUAAUUAGGGACUUUCUUGGAGUAAAGUGACACGUAUUGCAAUGAAGAGCACUUCCAAUAGAGCUAGAAUGUUUUGGCUUCCAUGUUUCCUACCUUGUUUUUUGCUCUGCUCUGUGAAUGCAUGCGAUGUAUCCUGCCUGCAUUUGUAGGAACCCUACGAUGGCCACUGGAUAUUAGUGUUUUAUACAAACAAAUUGCGUAUUUGUCUAAUUUGUUGGUAGCUGUGAUUGUUAUAGUUGGGCUGGUUUUAAGUGUAUUUAAGCUUUAAAAAAAACUCACCACUCAAUGUGCAACUCACAUAGCUGAUAACAUCAGGGUUCCUAUGUGACUUGUAAACAGAUCUCUCGAUGAGGGUUCGAAUGGGGCUGAUUGCACAUCCAGUAUUAUUCAGGUUGCUCAGACUCUUGGUGAAGGCAGUCUGAAUAUUGGUUACACAUUUAACCCACUACCAAGGAACUAGGUUGAAUAAUGGCUGAGCAGUUCCCCCCCCUACUGUUGCAUAGUUUGACUCUUGUUAAAGUUCUGGCCCUUUUGGAGACCAUAGGCUUAGGCAAGGAGAAAAUCUAAGUAGAAAAAAUGUUGAAAGGUGUUGUUUUUUUGGCAUGAAGUCAUCACAGAAAGGUUUGUCGACAGUAUUAUAUUGUAUCCUUUAAUGUAUUUCAGUUGUAAAUAUGUUAAAAGUCAGGAGGAUGUUGUGCUUUCAUGGUCCCUGGAGGUUAAAAAUCCAGCUUAAAUACAAAGCCACUGCUUACUGUCUUGGAUCAGUUUCUUGCAGUAUAGAUACCAUUCUGGCAUAACUGUUUGCUUAUGCAGUUCUUGUAAACUUGUCAUUUGAUGCUUUGGUAAUUUAUGAGUAGUGUUACUUUAGCUAUGCAGAAUCAAUAGCUGCACCAGAGGUACCGAAGAUAUUUGAAUGUUACCUGAUUUGACCUCUCUUUAAGCUCGCUGUUUUGUAUAAAUUGAUUUUCCCCCUAGUAUUCUACCUUUUUUGUAUGCUGUAUGCACUAAACAGAUGGGACUUAUGCUGCUUGAAUUAGAGCUAAACUUCCCAAGAGGUUUGCAUGCUCUAAGAAAACCUCUAAACUGGCAUCUUUCCUGUUCUGUGCAUCCAGAAUACAAAAUAUUGUGGAAUAUUUUAGUAGACUUUAUGCCCUGAAUGCGUUCAGGACUAGGUGAUGCAAAAAUGUUGAUGUUCCUGUUUAUCAUGGCAAUAAUGUGUAGAUAUGUACAUAAGUUUUAAUAUCUUAUUUCGUAUAUUACUUAAAACAUUAUGCUUUUCUGUUUGUUUGUUUUCUAUUAUUUUGCAGUAAAAGACAAGAGACAUCUAAGCCAUGCAUGCCAGAUGUGGCUAUUUGCAAAAUACCACUAAAGUCUAUUUGUUUUGUAGGGUGGGGAGAUGUAUAGAGUUUGUGCGGCACAU